ACGCAAACGCGAACGUGCGAACACGGACGCUUCUCAAGAACAGUGACAUUUUCCAAAAAAGUGCUUGAAUACAACUGUAAAAGGAUGAAUCGUAGUGCGCAAAUUUUGAAAAUGGUGUUCUCUGAAGACCAAGAGAAUCCAGUUGUUUAUAAUAAGCCCAUUUUCAGUCCUUUAGAUACUGUUCGCAGUCUUGUAAAAAGCGAUGUUAAUAAUAUAUCAAAUUUAAAUAGCCACAGUUAUGUUUCGGAUUCACAAAUUGUGCCAUAUUUUAUGAAGAAUGAUCUACCUGGACCAAAUAAUGUUGAUAUGGAACCUACAGUAAAUUAUUCAGAAUCAGUAUCAAGUAACCAAAUACAACUUUCUGACCUUCAACGUCCACGAUUGAAUAAAGUAGUUCCAGAAUCUAAUUGUUCUUCAGAAUACAAUGAUGAUAAUUCUAAAUCUGAAUAUUCUAAUAGUCAAAAUGACUUUUCAUCUGAUGAUGUCGAUAAUGACCCCGAUUUUUUAUAUAAAGAUCUUGAAUUAUCUUCUACAUCUGAAGAUGAAAGCAUCACAAUGAGUAAUCGGCGAGAAAAAAUAAUUGAAAUUGAACAAGAAAAGAAAAAAGGAAGAAAACGGAGAGCUGUACCCAAAGAAUGGAAAAAAAAUAAAGCAAAACUAUUAAGGAACUCUGGAAAAGCGUAUUUAUCGUCAUCUAAAUCAAAAAAGCUAAUGAAAGAAAGGGAAUUAAAACCAACUUGUAAUGAUAAGUGUAAACUGAAAUGUUUUAAUAAGAUAAGCGAGGAAAAGCGUCAAAUUAUUUUUUCGAACUACUGGAAGAUGGCAGACUUAGAAAAACAACGUCAGUUCAUUAAUAAAUAUGUAAAAGCAAUUAAACCUAAAUAUCGCUAUAUUCGUGAAGGAAGUACUAGAAAAGAUUAUAAUCACGCAUUUUAUUUUGAAGUAGACAAAGAAGAUAUCCGGGUUUGCAAAACAUUUUUCAAAAAUACAUUAGGCAUAUCAGAUAGACCAAUAAGAACGGUGAUUUAUAUGCAAAACUCUGUAGUUGGAGGUUUUCUAGCAGGUGAUAACCGAGGGAGACAUGGAAACUACAAUAAACUUGACAGCACAGUUAUUGAAAGGAUUAAAGAACACAUCAAUUCCAUUCCUAGAAUCGAGAGUCAUUACUGUCGGGCUACUACAAGUCGAGAAUAUAUUGAAGGAGGGCUUUCCAUUGCGCAAUUGCAUAGAGACUAUGUUGAAAAAUGCCGAGCAGAAACUUAUGAUAAUGCAGAAGAUAAACAGCCAUUAGAGGACAAGUAUUUUUCUCACCUAGAAGAAAAAGACUUAGUCAGGAAAGAAAAAGAACUGGAUAAAAAAAAUACAAAUAAUAAAUGUAUAGCUGCCACCUACGAUUUGCAAGCCGUAAUGCCAUGUCCUAGAGGUGACAUCUCCAAUUUCUAUUACAUUUCUAAACUGAACGUACUCAACUUUACCAUUUACGAGCUUGGCUCCAAAGAUGUGAAUUGCUACGUCUGGCACGAAGUGCCUCGACGGAAGCAAACAUGUCAACGAUCGCCAUGCCGCACGUACAAGCGCUGGCAUCACCACUCGCUACACAACAAGAAGCCGGAGACAGAGCCAGCAGAGAACAGGGAAAUCGCGAAGAACGUGCGACUUCCCAUCAACUGCACACAGAUCAGCAGGGCGUACUUGAAGAUGGUGCCCGUUGAAGUAUACAAGCCAUCGGAAUCGACGACGGUGCUGGCCCUACUGGACGAAGGCUCCACUGUAACUCUCCUGGACUCGAGCGUGGCGAAGCAGAUCCGGCUCGAAGGACCAGCUGUUGGGUACGCAGCAUGUUAUACGUGUCAAUAA